GCUCGGAUGACGAAGCCGCCGCCGUCAGUUACUGUUCGUGCACGAAUGCGACGAAACGCCCGGGCGUCUUGGCGGGUUUUCGCUCGGAGCUGCGCUCACGAGAUCAGUUCGGGAACUAGGAAGCGGAGGUGACGUUUCAUACAUAGAGUUAGCCAAAGUAGGAAAGAGUGCGAGCACGUCGGGCGGAAGUUCUUGAGAGGGAACGCGACGAGUCGAGGGACACGAGUCACGCGAGAGAAAGAGAAACAGAGAGAAAGAAAGGGAGAGCGAGCGAGAGAGGAAAGGAAAGCUGUCUGACACCUGGAUCUGCAUUUUAGUCCAGCUUUGGCCGCAACGAUACGCGGACGAUUCGCAGCUGAAUGAGGCUCAUGGAACCCUUGGGUGUCGCCCAGGACGCGGUGGAGACGGGUGCAUUGAAAAGAUGGGCCGACUUCCCUGUUCAACACAGAUUCACAGACUACUCCACUUCAAUUGGAGAACCAUCGCAUCACACUAUCAGUCCUUUUCCGUGCCAGCCAGCGCUUAACAACAAAAUUGCGCUAUGGACUGGAGACAUUUCGGGUCUGCAAGUGGAUGCGGUGGUGAACUCGACCAACGAAACUAUGGAUGAUAACAGUCCUAUGUGCCAAAGAAUAUUUGCUGGAGCUGGCUCACCGCUUAAGAUGGAAAUAUUUAGCGAAAUAAAAGAAUGCAAAACUGGCGAAAUUAGAGUGACACAGGGACAUGGAUUACCGGUUCGUUUUAUUAUCCACACUGUCGGACCAGUCUACAACGUGAAAUACCAAACAGCAGCUCAGAAUACGCUACAUUGUUGCUACAGGAAUGUUUUGCAAAAAGCAAGAGAACUCGGGCUCCGUACGAUCGCGUUGCCAGUAAUUAAUUCGGUACGGAGAAAUUAUCCUCCUGACGCGGGAGCGCACAUCGCCCUAAGAACAGUAAGAAGAUUUUUGGAGCAGUAUGGUGAUUCCAUUACAUGCAUCGUGUUCGUCCUAGAGCCGAGUGAUCUGGGAAUCUAUGAGGUCCUCCUUCCACUCUAUUUCCCAAGAAAUUUAGCGGAGCAAGAUAACGCCUGUUGGCAGCUACCGAAUGACAUUGGAGGGAUGGACGGAGAACCCCUGCUUCCCGACCGACAAAUCAGAAUUAUUGACAAUCCCCAACACGCUUUACACGGCGACGAGAGUGUGGAGCUGUCUACACAAAUGGAAACCUGCGUGAACAUCGGUGAACACGCGUUUGCACAAAUGCAAGGCGACUUAGAUCGACAGAGACUCCUGGGAGAGAGACCGCCUGCUGACCCGCUCGCAGACAUUAUGUUGAAACAAAUGCAACAAAAAGAAAGGUACGAAAGGCUGCUCAGAAGAGCGAAGACAGAGGAUCUGACCGAAGUUUCUGGGAUCGGCUGCCUCUACCAAAGUGGUGUCGACCGUCAGGGCCGACCAGUAGUCGUGUUCGUCGGCAAAUGGUUCCCCGCCACUAAGAUCAACCUAGACAAGGCACUGCUGUACCUCAUACAUUUGCUAGACCCGAUUGUCAAAGGCGAUUACGUUAUUGCCUAUUUCCAUACGUUAACGACUAGCAACAACUAUCCCAGCUUGCACUGGUUGCGGGAGGUUUACAACGUGCUUCCUUACAAAUAUAAGAAGAACCUCAAACAUUUCUAUAUUAUCCAUCCGACUUUCUGGACCAAGAUGAUGACGUGGUGGUUUACCACGUUCAUGGCUCCUGCGAUCAAGCAGAAAGUCCACAGUUUGCCUGGCGUGGAAUACUUAUACGAGGUGAUGUCGCCGGAACAGCUGGAAAUCCCGGCAUAUAUAACGGAAUACGAUAUGACGAUAAACGGCAUGAGGUACUACCAACCAGACCCGAUCUCCUCAUCGCCGUCAACAUCGACGUAACUUUCGCUCGGAACUCGAUUCUCAUCCAGCGAAGACCUGGACAGAGCGAAGACUGGCCGGCUGUCCACCAUAAUGAUAGCACGAUUUCACUUGCACACGAUUUUCGACUGACGAUCGUGCGCAGCUUUCGCAGCAUUCUCGCGUGCUAAGAGCCCGGGUCACAUCGACUAUCGGUCCCCGCAAGCAAUUCUCGGAAGAAUGAGCUACCGUUCUAGCACCGUUUCCGUCACGAAUCUCCGAGGCCGAAAGAGACCAUCCCGUCGCUUCGGCGAAGUGCCUCGUAACGGAAGAAGAUGGAAGAACGCCUAGAAAUGUCGACGCUGUGGACGUUUGACGAAGUGAUCGCUGGUGGUGAAGAAAACACUGUCCCUGAUCUCUGUGUCUAAACGCUACUGGCGUCGCACGAAGACAGCAAGAUCUUCGUUGAAUAAUUUGGCCCUACAUCUCGGUGCUGAACGAUCAAUGCUUGAACUCCCACAUAUACACAAAACACAUACACAUACACACACACACACACACACACAGAGAGAGAGAGAGAGAGAGAGAGAGGCAUGCACGCAGGAUACGGAAACGGAGAAGUUAAAUACAUCCACAUUUGAAGUAAUUGAAAAAGAUCGAUCUUGGAGGAAUUGUUAUUCGCUGGAGGCGAAUAUCCGGCUGCCAAAACAACAAUAAUCAGUAUUGUCGUCGUGUUGUCGUCGUGUAGGGUGCUUCGAGCCCCGAUCUUGUACAUAUUACGCUGUUCGUCCUCACGGACGACGACGAUCGCCGACGGUACACGGGGUAGUAAGCGACGACAACCACGAGACCGGAGAAACUGACGGCUUAAAACGCAAACUGUCGAACGCUUUCUGUUAUUUUCUUAUCCGUCGUUAUACAGCGAAGAGUAUCUGUUCGACUCAUUGUACAUCGUAUUUUAUUAUGUAACGUUGGCGACGUUGAUCAGUCGCACCCGCCGACGCGGUGUUUUCGAUACGCGCGGCAAUCGAUGGUGCGCGACCGAACGGAAGCGUGCAGAGCUGGUUCCCUUCCGUGGUGCUACGACUUCGGUGAUUCAGCGAACUUAAACUGUGGUUGACGCGAUUACUAGUGUUGAUGAUGAAUCGAUGUUCAAUAUCGGUGACUAAUAUCAUCCGGAUAAAUUAGCUUAUCGGUGCGUCGCGGGGUACGCGUGCUUGAAACUCACGAAAAUUGAUCUUUUCGGUUUUCAUACUUUCCGGGCGAUUUCGACUAAUUUGUCCUGAACUGGGAUUUUAAAAAAUUAUGAAAUCUCUAAAAUAUGUACAGUGUGUAGAGGUGAGCAAUAACUAUACAGCUGAUCUUUAUGCAAAAUAAACAUAGACUACCUCGAUUGCAAUAAACAGAAGUCAAAUAAAAAUGCAUUUCCACCAUUAAUAAAUUUAGUAGUUCAAAAUAAUAUAACAGCAUCUCGAAGAUCUUCAACUGUUUUCAAUGUUUUGUAGUUCAUCUGCUCAUUUUUCUCAUAAAUACGUUGAAUCCGCUGUCUAGUGAUAAGCGAUUAUUUGUCAGCUGCUCGAAGGCACUUUUAACGAGGUGAAAUUUCUAGUUUUUGCUAUAACUCGUGGACUGUAGCAGAUAAAGAAAAAGUUUCUAUGGAAAAGUUGUUUUCUUUUCGAUGAAAACUAUCAUUGUGAAUGAAAUAAAACUAUCAUUCUAUUUUUAAACAACUAGAAUUUGUUUGCAAAAUAAUAUAGGACAAAUACUGCAGGAAGAAACACAACUUCUGUCUAAAAACUUUUAUUCUAUCCACCUUUUCUGUAUUUUAACGAAUAAUAAAAAAAAUAGCGGAACUUUCUCUUAAAGCCUUUUCGAGCAACUUGAAAAAAGUUUCUUGUUACAUAAUUCAAGUUUCAUAAUUUUUUGAAUUAACGGAUUCAGGAUCUUCUCUUAUAUAAGCUUGGAUUAGGUCUUGAUUUGGCAAACUAUGCGAAGUC